AUGCAGUUGUCUGGAAAAUUUGAGAAAAUAAGUCCGCCAAAACAGCCCUCUGCUGACGGUGCCUUGGUUCACAACUUGUCCUCUCAUAAUUUCACUCAGCAACAACUAGCGGUUCUAUCCUCUGACGCGAAGUUCAGCACAAGAGAUGCUCAACCAGAAGACUUUAUUGCAUCCUUUGAAUCGGCGCUCCAGAAGUGUGAGGCAGACGAGGAGUGCAAAAACGCCAUGCGACAACAAGUGUCGACCUUACUCCUCCAACACAAACGCCAGAUGACGAUUUCUAAAGCAGAAGAUCGAGAACUUCUGAAGAUACGAAAAAUGAAGGAUAUCGUCACCCUGCCCACCGACAAGGGGCGCUCGACUGUCGUCAUGGAUAAGGCUGAGUACUGCACAAAACUAGGCAGCCUCUUGAUGGACAAGGAAGCUUAUGCGCCAUCGACCGUCAGCGAGUUUAAGAAGCUCGUAAACAGCAUAAACAAUACGAUCGGCAAGCUGAGGAAGGCGGGAGCUCUUACGAGAAGGGAAGCGUUGGCCGCAAAAGCCAGUGAUACCGCGAUUGCGCGCUUCUACGGCCUACAAAAGGUCCACAAGCAGGGGGUGCCGCUACGCCCCAUCGUCUCCUUACGUGGUACUCCAACCUUUGGGCUGUGA